UCAAUAUUAAGAUUACAACUGAAUCAAACAGUUAUCAAAAUGUUAAAAUUCAUUUUGUUUUUUAUACCAUCUAUUUUGAUGUUUCUGUGUCCAAUAUCACCUGUGAAGCUCCCAGAUGAUUUGAUGAAUUUAAAGCAGUUCAAUAGCACGGCUGCUGGGGACGACACAAGCCAUUGUAUGGAGGAGUUCAGGCACUGUCUCAAUCCACACACGAUUUCACCAGUGUGUGGGAUGAACUCCCUGACUGAUAUUAAACAACCAUUUGAAAGCAUAUGUGAAAUGAUUUAUGAAAACUGCCGCAGUAAAAAAGAACAAUGGCAUUAUAUAAGUGAUAAUAUAGAAUAUUGCAACGGAACUUUUGGAAAUAAUACUAAAAUACUUAGGAAGAUACCAACUAAAAACUCUUCAAUGCUGUUAAAAUAA